GCACGAAUACAUGCACGUAAUUACCUCUGGCUCGAUUAGAUAAUUAACUGCGGUACUGCCAUCCGGUGCACCUUCUCACAGGCUGCAGAUAAUGACACAUAGCCCAGUUCAUGUCAACGAUAGGACUUAAGAAAUCACUGACAGGACUUUAUGUCAUACCCAAGUUCAUGUUAACAGUACUAAACACGAUGUUGUUCCCACGUGUUCAACGAGUGGACGUGAGGAAGCUCGAAUACAACUAUCAGUCAAACCAGAUUUCACGGUAGAUGCUGCUCCCCUGCAGCUCAGACGAUGAAACGUUCCUCUUGAAUGUGUACCUGAAGAUUCUAACCAAUCAAUGUGUACCUGAAGAGUCUAGCCAAUCAAUGUGUACCUGAAGACUCUAACCAAUCAAUGGCUCUUCCAUGACGCUUCAUCACCUGCAUGCAGAUAGAUGUGACAUGGGAGCUCGGUCAUCAUGUCAGCUGGAGGAUCUGUCAAUGAGAAGUGAGUGUUUGUUCCUGCGAGGAAGUAGGAGAGUUGACACAUUGCAUGCAAGAAACCACCUCAAGGAUAUGGCUGAUCCAUCGCGGGAGAUUUUAAUCCAGAGAGGCGCCUGUGUCUGUUUAACUUUGUGUCCUGCCAGUAACACUGUGUUCAAUGUUCAGAAGAAAUUAGAAUAAUUGUUGAAAGACUCGUGCUGUGAUUUGCUACAGGAACGGACCCAAGCAAAUAUUUAGCUCAGUGACUUGCGUAUGUCGGUUCUCUUAGACAAGCGGCUUGGUAGACGCAUAACGAAACUGUUCGUGAAGUCAAUCUGACGUUUUUGUUAUAACUGCACGGUUCCCAAAGACCGAGCUUGCACAUUUGGCGUGCUGACAUUCCUCUUACAGCAUUGUGGUUACAGUUGACCUAUUCUAAGGUCUAUUACCAAAUCUAUCACUGGGUAUACACACAUAUCCACCGGAUAAUGCAAGUACAUCCUUCGGCAUCUAAUAAACUUUCCAUAUCGGACGCAACGGAAAUAUGCAAGUCCGUAUUCAGUAUCCAAGCCGCGUGUUCCGAUUCCGUUGGAAACGCCAAGCAGAAACUCAAGGUGUUGCUAACUUGUCUCCGUCUCACAGGAUUCCUGUAUUACAAGCCCAAAAGGGGUGAACGCAACAGAAAGGAUUUUGUAAGUAAAAUCUAUUGUUCAACGGUCCUGCUGAUUCUGUGGAUCAACUUUGGCUUCGCGACGUUGUACUUCAAAGACAUGACUGUCUUUAAUGGAGUUCUCUGCAACGUCAUCGUCUCGACCGUCUGGUUCUUCCAAGCGGCGUGUUUUGUCACGAAUAACUUCUUCCGUUGCCACCUCGUGGAAGAUUUCCUAUACGAUCUAGACUCCUAUCUGUCCGAAGUCUCCCUCGACAUGUAUAGAUCCCUGAAGAACGCCAGCCUAGCUUUGUCCAUCUCCUAUUUCAUCUGGCUCGGAUGUGCCUUUACGUUUGGUGGGCUGGCGAAUCUGUUCGUAUCGGACUCCCCUUUUGAUGGCACAAGCUUUGGAGCUUUCGUCAUUCUUAAGAUUUUCCUAGCAAUUGUGUACUUCUAUUUCGUGUCGUCCUGGUAUCUGUUGAUGAGUCUGUUCGUCCUCCUCAGCUACAUCUUGUACCGCUCCUUUACCGACCUCAACACCCGACUGUCCAACGUUGUGAACCAAGAUGGCUGCUGUCGUGGUGACCUUGAAAUCUUUCGUUUGCAGCAUCACAGAGUCUGCCUGCUACUAGAGAAAGCCAACGCAAUCUUUUCAGUUUAUGUACUGAUUACUAUUGGAACGGUAAUUCCACUGAUCGUGUUCACGCUUUACUUCGUGAUAUUUGAGAGCAUUGAGAUGUUUAAGUUCUUCGCCGUCUGGUGGUCGGUGUCCCUAGCCGUCCUACAACUGUUGGUGGUCUUCGUCUGUGGGGCGCUCGUCAACCAUUAUGCCCAUGCCUCCCUGUGGCAAAUCUUUGGGGUUGACCUGCACAGAUUUACUUCAGAACAAAGCCAGCAGGCCUGUAUGUUUGUGAGUCAGCUGACCAGCCACCCGAUCGGCUUCACGGCGAUGGGGCUGUUUGUCAUAGACAAACCAACAAUCGUAACGUUUGUGGGCACAAUCAUCACAUACACUGUAGUCAUCAUCCAGUUCAAGCCGGGGAGCGACUGAAGUGAUGCAACGCUGUCCCUCCUCCAUCCACGUCCACGGCAUCAACAGCGGCUUCUGUGGCUUCGUCGGUUACAGCAAGUAACAACCAGAUGCGUUCACUACAUUCAUGAGGAGAACUUACUGUGUGCAUUCUGGAUCUUACCCAGGACCAAUGCUUGUUUGCUUGUUUUUAACGCCGCUUUCAGCAAUAUUCCAGCUUUAUGGUUGGUUGGUUGUUUUGUCGUUUAACGCCGCACUCAGCAAUAUUCCAGCUAUAUGA